AUGUUUAGUGAAAGAGUAGCUAAGGCAUAAGGGAGAAAUUGCCAUUCAUAAAACUAGGAUAAUCCUAUAUGCCAUACAGUACCAAAGUGUUAUAAACAAAGUCGAAUUUAUAUACUCCUCAAGCAGACAAAACCCUACAACAACACUCACAAAAGACCCAAGACCACCGUUGAGGCCACUAAGUACUUGUUUGAGGAGAAGGAAAAAUAAAAAGUACUAAAUAGACAAAUUUUAUAACAUAUAACUGGCACAAGUCAUGAUUACUUCAAGGCCAAGAAGGAAGGUAAAAUAGCCAUCUUGAAAAUGAGGACUGAAACCUAAUUGUAGGAUUUAGUAUCAGGAGGAUCUGUUAAAAUCAUUAAUGGUCAUGAAUUAACUCAACCGUAAUUUUUGCAUAGUCUUCUUGAAAAUAGAGCCAAGUCAGCCUUUGGAAUCAAGUGUACUACUAUUCCAAAUAUUUCUGAGACCAGAGCAUAGAUUAGUCAAUAUUCUAGAUUGAUAGUGCCAUUAGAAAAGUAGAAAUUGAAAUCUAUGCAAUCAUAUGGGAUACUCAAUCAUGAGUUAUAAAUGCAGAAUCAAAGGCAUUGUUUAAGAGUAGAACGUACAUUUAACCAUCUCAAUCGAAACGAAGUCAGAAUAUGA